AUGAUAACUUUACAAGAAACCGUGCAUAAAGAAUGUACAGAACGUGAACAAUUGAAAGACGCACUUAUUGAUGCGCGUCAACAAUUACUUACCAUGAAGAAGAAUAGUGUUCUCAAUGGAACAGUAUCUAGAUCACUUCAUUCACCACCAGUUGCUUUUGAAGAACUUGAAAAACGUGUAUCUGAACCUCUUUCAUAUUCUCAAAAUUAUCAUCGUAAUAAAAUUCCUUCUUGUAUUCAAUCUGAACCAACAAAACAUGAUAAUAGUAUGCCUAGCGAUGUUGCUGAUUCAAUUGCUAGACCAAUGUCUUCAUCAAAAAAUGUUCCAUAUCGUUAUAAAGCACUUCCACCUAUUCAACAGCAACAACAACAACAAUUGCAAAAACAACGUCGAAAUGGAAAUAUAGUAUCAUCAAAUAAAUCAGAACAAUUACUUGACACUCAACGCCGUAUUGCUCGAUUUAUUAAACAUAUCAAAUGA